AUGUAUAGUUGUACUGCUGAAGUGAACACAAACCCAGACAGUUGUCCNCACUCUGAGAACAAAACUGUCAAAAUAACUGUGAAAGAAACAUACAUAGAACGGGUAGAUGUUGUUUCUCAUGAAUCAUUCCUAAUCAGUUCAACAGUAAAUAUUGAGUGUAUCAUUAUUCUUAAUACUCCAGUUGGUCCUGGUAUACAACCCACUGUCACUUGGUAUCAUGAUGCGACUGAUAUUACACUCAGUGGUUCAUUAUUGAGGAACAAUGACAUUGUAUUUAUUUCAGUACUAACUAUUAAUUCAAUACAAGUAUCUGAUGCUGGAGUAUAUCAAUGUAAUGCUGGGAUUGAUUCUAAUGUAACUACUGAAAGUAUCAGUGUAUGUGUAACAGUUAAUGAGACACUACCAUCAGUAACAGAAGAACUAUCACUUGGUCAGUAUUAUUCAAUUGAUUGUAUCACUGGACCAGUACCUACUGGAGUAUCAGUAUCCUGGCUACUUACUAAUGGUUCUAUUUAUAGUAACAAUAAUACACUAAUGAUACCAUCAAUACUACCAUCACAUAAUAAUACACAAUAUAAUUGUACAAUAAUGAUUGAGACUAAUCCUUCUGACUGUAGUACUCAAUCACAAACCAUUACUCUUAGAGUGAAAGCUACUUAUAUAAAUUCAGUGAUUCUAUUGCCCACUUCAAUAGUCAGUGUUGACAUUAACUCUACAGUAGAGUUGACCUGUACUAUCAGUCUUAAUACUGGGAUAGGUCCUGAUACAUCAUUCAUUAGUCAUUACUGGUAUCAGUAUAGAACUGAUAUUAGUGAUAGGAGUACACAACUGAUGAUUAGUGGUGACAGUAAGAGUCUAGUAACAACGCUGAAUAUCACUAAUAUUCGACCUUCUGAUGCUGGAGAAUAUCAGUGUAGAGCUAGUAUUGAUGGUAAUGAUACUAUUAUAAGUAGCUUCACAAAUCUUUGUGUUCAAGUACCUGGUAGUGUAAUUACAAUUAAUGAUUCAUAUACUGACCUGACCAUAGGAGAUACUAUAAAGUAUGAUUGUGCAUCAGGUUACAGACAACCAGGAGUGAUCAUACAAUGGAGAUCACCUACUGGGGCCCUAUUGACUAACCCUCUUAUGUUAACAGUUAAUCAGUCAGUCACUUAUACGUGCAUUAUCAGAGUUGAAGCUAAUACUUGUCAGAAUUCUUUAACUAAAAAUGUGACCUUCAAAAUACGAGAUACAUUUGUGAAGGAAGUGACAACAAGCUCCUCAUUAUUAACUUUGUUAGAUACUUUCCAACAGUUGAAGUGUAACUCGACUACUAACACAGAUAUUCAUAUUAAUGUCGUUGACAUUAGCAGCAUUGUUCAAAUAUCUUGGUAUAGAUACAAUGGUAGAUCUAUUGAAAGCAUGAAGAUAUCCACCAAUUCAUCAGGAGUGUCUAUAUCACCCACUGUACCUAUUAACAAUACAUUAUUUCAGAGUACACUCAUCUUUAGUCCAAUAACAUCAUCAACUCCAGUAUCAACACUUGGUAAUUACACUUGUGUAGCAUGGAUAGGAGAUGAAUCAGGUAGAAAUGAAACAUCAAAUGAUGUACAAGUUUUGAUGAAAAUAAAUAAUUCCAGAGACCUGGUGAGUUUCAAUCAGUUGCACUUCCUCUACACAGCUGGAGAUGAUCUUGUCAUAAAUUGUACCAUCACACCAUACGAGAUGUCUCCUUUACUUUCAACUUUUGCAACAAUAGAAUUGAUUCACAAUAAAGUCUCUAUAGUAGAGCCUAUCAUCACUAGCAAUGAAUACACUAACAUUACAAUCAGUAAAGAUUUCAAUGGUGUAAAAUUAUCAGAUGCUGGAACAUAUACUUGUCAGUAUUAUCUAGAAUGCUCUAACUUCACAUCAUUUGUUUUACCAAGUGAAAUUAAGACUGAUGACAUCAAUUUAUUUGUAAUAAGUGAGUUUUACUGUUACUCUUGA